GGAUCCAAGACUAAGAGCCGUGGCUCAGCGAAAUCAGGUACUCACUCGAGGCGACUGUUGCCGCCGUCAGCAGUUACUUUGACUUCCUCGCCAGCAUGUAUCUCGACGAGGAGGCCAUUCUAAGACCGCCGGCCGAGGGAUGGCUCGAGAUCACGCCUGGCCGUCUCCAAGGCCUUGGCAAGACGGACGAGGUCAUUAUGCUGCUGCGCCACAUCCCCUACCUUUGUACUGAUACAGACAAUUUCAAAAGCGAAGCGAACGCUGGUCCCAGUUUCGUUCGGUUUUGGAGCUGGAUUGAGGCCAUUCGGUGGCUUGACCGCCCUGGGAUAGACUUCGAAGCAGAAAUUGACAUAUCCAUGAUCAUGACGGAGCCCCGCCCCGGCGAGGAUAUUGGAUUGGCGCCCGCGCACGUCGUCGGCCUCAUCUCCACCAAGCAAGACCUGUGGUUGCUCGACACGGAGCUCGGAGUCAUCUACUGGCUCGACUGCCCCAGCUGGAUCAAACAGCACCCGACGCGUGAGCCCAUUCUCGACGAUGCCUACGACUACGCGCCCGACGGCGAGGCGGACUGGCGCAACGAGCCCGCGUGGGCCAUCGUCGACUUUUUCGAGCUCCUCAAGGACCAGUUCCGGCGGCUGUCCUCGAUCCCUCUUACGCCAACUCGCGUGCUCGACCCGGAAGGUGUGAAACCUCGACCCCAGUUUGAAGGAGCCCUAUUGUUGGUCCAGGCAAUCUAUCGCGAGCAUGGCUGGCCUGAUUUAGCCCACUAUCGCAAGGACGAGUGCUUGACGGCGGUUCGGGUAAGGCUUGAGGAACGAUACGGCGAGGAUAGUCAAUCGCUAUUGGGCAUCUGAUGUCGGCUCAGGCAAUAAGAAGCUGGCGUUGCAGGCGUAUUAUCGAUUCGAUGUACCGGUGGGUGGAAGAUAGCGGUGGUGGAGAAAAUGACGGGCUCCGUGGGUGUGUCUGGUUGUCAGGCUUAAGCUCGCCUCUCGCGCUGAGCUGAAGGGAAGGCCACAUUAUCGCCUGGGGAUAAAGGAUUUCUGGGAUAAUACCACAAGGAGGUUCAGGAGAUUCAAAUUCACAACUGAUGGCGGCGUUGGCCCUAACGGAGCGGCGAAGGUAGGAUCUGAGUUUGGAGAGUGUGGUAAUGUCGACAGGCUGUGGAUACUCGGGAAGUUACUCCGUUACGAGAGGCCCUCGUGAUGCAGAGUUGCAG